AUGUCAGCAGUAGCAGCAGAUCAACGGACAAAAGCAACUCUCCAUGUUUCGGGCCUCGAUAAAGCGGUGACACGAGAGCUGCUACAUGCCGCGUUCAUUCCAUUCGGCGAUAUCGUCGAAGUAACACUUCCCCGAGACGAACAAUCAGACCAACCCCACCGCGGCUUCGCCUACAUCGAAUACGAAUCCCCCCUCGACGCAGCCGAAGCAAUCGACAACAUGAACGACAGCGAACUAUUCUCCAAAACACUACGAGUAACACAAGCGAAGGCGAAUAGAGACACAAAUCCGAAUGAGGGGUUGGGGAGUACGAAGGCGCUGUGGGAGCAGGAGGGGUGGUUGAAGGAGCAUGCGGUUGACGAGGAGGAUAUUAGGGCUGUGCAGGCUGUUAAUGGGGGUGGGAUUGAUCCUAUGGAGGGGGUGGAGAGGGAAGUUGGGCCGGCGAGGCCGCCGGGGGCGUGA